CCCUAGUUAUAGUUCAUUUAAAAAGUAAAUUUGGAAAAAUAAGGCUGUCCCUGAAAACAAGUCCUAACGCAUCUUUUAGAGCAAAAAAAUAAUAUUACCCUGUCUUAUUUGGGGGAAAACGGGGUGUGUGUGUGUGUGUGUGUGUGUGUGUGUGUGUAUAUAUAUAUAUAUAUUCUUUUCCUCUUCUUGUGUCUCAAGAUAUGACUGAAAUAUAUAAAUAUACUCCAGAUCAACAUCACUGUCCCUGCCAUGAACUAUGAGUAGAUUUAAUGCAGUUUGGCACCACUUUAAUUGACAUGGCUCAAUGCUAUGGAAUCAUGGGAGUUAGAUGUUUACAAGAUCUUCAGACUUCUCUACCAAUUACUGCUGGUUCCUCAUCAAACAACAAAUCCCAGGAGUCUUGCAUCUACACUGUGUCAAACUGCAUUCAUUCUACAAUGUAAAUGCAUCCUAUCAGCCACUAUCACAUUUUAACGUCUUUGUUAGAAGGAUGGCAUCCUAACAAGAGAUUACUAUAUUCAUCAUUAGUUUUCAAUUGUUUGCUUCCACCUUUGUGUUGCUUCCAUCUAACAUUGUGUUAAUGAGUACACUAGAUUCAUUCCUCAGAGGCCUGAUUCUGAAGAUCCCAUAGGGAAGUAGAUUUGAAAGAGUUUCAACAUCUCAGCAGCACCUACCACUUUAAAAAAAAAAAACAUGUCACUGGAAUGGACCACUCAUAACAAAACAAAAGUUGAGACCUGGCUCCAAACUUAUAACCAGAGUGGCUUUUGGUGCUGCUUUGAAAGAGAAGCAUCUCUAUAGGAGAAAUCUUAAACAUUUGGUUUGGACUUGAUGUUUGAUAAGAGGAGGAGUCUUUCAGGACCUUUUUGCCAGUGAAGAAGACAGCAGACAUCAAGAUUUACAGCAUUUGCCAUUCUACUACUGCUGUGAGUUAUGCCUAGCUUCAAUCCACGCAAUCUCCCUAUGUAUGGCACACAAUACAAAACUGAAUGAUAUUUAGAAAAAUCGUUAUGGGGAGGAAGAUGUUUAGAGGAACAAAUGCCUAAAAUCCAUCUGUGCUGACCUUUAUCGAGCUCUCCGUGCAACAAUGAAAUCCCUCUGAGAAGUCCUGAUUCCUUCAGAAGUAAAAUAAACAGCAGAAUGGAAAGAAAGAAUGAAACAACUCUGAAAGAAUUCAUCCUGAUGGGACUGUCAGAUGAUCCUACAGUCAAGAUCUUGCUCUUUGUUAUCGGUUUGUUGAUUUACGUAUUCACAGUAGCAGGGAAUCUAGCUAUCAUUCUUUUGAUCCAAAUUGACCAUCAUCUCCACACUCCCAUGUACUUCUUGUUGAACAAUCUCUCAUUUGCUGAAAUCUGUUAUAUUACCACCACCAUGCCAAAGAUGUUAUGGGAUCUCUCAUUGGGGGAUAAGACCAUCUCCUUUGCUGGCUGCAUGGUCCAAAUGUAUUCUUUCCUAACCACAGCUGCCACAGAAGGUGCCCUGCUCUCUGCCAUGGCCUAUGAUCGCUAUGCUGCCAUUUGCCACCCAUUGCACUAUACUAUGCUUAUGAGCCAGCCUACAUGCAAGUGGCUUCUAGCAGCUUCAUGGAUUAUUGGAAAUCUCAAUGCCAUUGUCAAUACAGCCUUUGUCUUCUCCCAGAACUUCUGCAGUUCCAAUAAAAUUGUGCAUUUCUUUUGUGACAUCCCACCUGUCCUGCAUCUUUCAUGCUCUGAUACUUUCCUUGCUGAAAUGGGGACCUUCAUCAUCUCUGGCAGCAUCAUGGUAACAACUCUUAUCUUGAUUGUCCUCUCCUAUUUCCUCAUUGUCUCAGCUGUGCUCAAAAUCCAUUCAGUUCAGACCAGAAUCAAAACAUUCUCCACGUGUGCCUCCCAUCUGACUGUAGUAAGCAUCUUCUACAGUACUGCCAUCUUUACAUACAUGCGUCCCUCCUCCAGUCACACCAUGGGAGAGGACCGCCUGAUCUCUAUAUUGUACACCAUCGUCACUCCUUUCCUGAACCCUCUAAUCUACAGCUUCAGGAACAAGGAAAUGCGAUCAGCAUUACUGGGCAUUCUUGAAAAUAAAAAACAUUGUGUACUCUGAAGCUGACAAAUAAGGGACUGUAUUAAAGUGUGGAACAUCAGAACCCUAAAUUAAAAGGAAGUUGUUUUAUGUA